UGUCUCCUGAGCUUCUGGGUGUCCUGUCGUCCAUUGCAGCAUUCAUGGCGUUGAUGGCUCUGUUUUUUCUGUACCUCAGCAACAGGCGCUCGGUGGCGAGUCCCGAUGACCUGUCACAUUUUAGUGGAUUUAAGAACACCUGCCCAGUGCCUCUGAUGAGCUAAUCUAGUGGUCAGCGUGGCGACAGGAUCCCCAGCUGAGAUAUGGCUUUCUUCAAGAGCUUCCAGCAGAACCUUCCAUCUGUCAACAUUUCCUCCAUCUUGGACUCGGUCAGCAGUCGCGUGGACGACCUUGCCAACGCCGUCAGCGAUGUCACCUACGCUGUCAGCGACCAGCUCACCGAGGGGGUCACCACUAUCAUCAGCAAGGUGGAGGAGGGGGAGAACAACAGCAGUGUCCAGGAGUCGGGCCAGACCUCUACAGCACACGAAGGCAAGGCCAGCAACAAAAGCAUGUGGCAAAUGUCCAGAGACUCAGAAACAAGUCAGUCAGGUUCAAAGAACAACCAAACCGGCGAUUCAGCAGAGGCAGAGUACGCUGCGAGUCAGCUGGAGUGGGAGUGGAGGGACGGUUGUUGGCGAGUUAAAAAGACAGAAGCUGAGUUAGCAGAGGAAGAGAAGCGAAAGAAGGAGGAGGAGGAGCUGCGGGCAAAGCGAGAGCAGAGGAGGAAAGAAAGGAGGGAGAAACAGCUGGAGAAAGAAGCCAAGUUAAAGAGAAACAAAGAAGAAUCCCCAGAGGGCGAGGAGGAAGAUGCUGAGGAGGAUGCUUCAAAGAAAACAGAUGGCAGCGUUGGACAAGACAGAAACGCGAGCGAUGGUGGAAACCAAUCUGCUCCUCAUUCACCGGGUCGUGAAACUGAAAAUAGGUUGUCGGAGGAGGUAGGAGAAAAAGAUGAAGGAGACAAGGAAGUGAUGGAGGACAGCCCGGAGAGAGAGGGAGACGAUGAGGAAGAGGCCGACGUUUCAAUGUCGCCUUCAACGGCAAAAAAGAAAAAGUCAGACAAGAAGAAGAAGAAAAAGGGGAACGCUGCAGAAGAGGAUGAAACAGAAGCAGAAAACAGCCGGAAAAAGGAGAAAGAGAAGAAAAGCAAGAAAACAAAAAGCAACCAAGAGGGAGUCCUGUCAGACAGCGAGGAGGACAGAGGCCCGGAGGCGGCCCAGCAGGAGGCGACGGCCGCGUGGAGCAGCAAAAGCAGGCCGUCGGCUGAGCAGGGAGGGUUCAGCAGCGAGGCAGGCAACAACAUCCAGAGGAUGAAGAAAGACCCGUCUCUCAACGAGUUCCAGCCUCCUCCGUACCCAGACGACGGCCCGGCGGCCCGCGUGUCGGCCCGCUCUCGCUCCGACAGAGGGGUCCGGAGGGGCUCGUCCCCUCGGCGCUGCUCCAGCGAGACCAGCGAGGACCAGGACACUGAGAGCUACCUCAACAAAGGCUGCGAGGAGGACAUUCCCAGCGACAGCACCGCUGUUCUGGGCCCAGAGGACGGCCUUCGGUUCCCCGCGGCCUACGAGCCAGAGCCCCUCGCCAAAUACGGGACCCUGGACGUGGCCUUCGAGUACGACUCGGGCGAGCAGUGGCUGGCCGUCACCGUCACCGCAGCUACAGACAUACCCGCUCUCAAACAGACGGGCAACAUCUCGUGGCAGGUCCACCUGGUUCUGCUGCCCACCAAGAAGCAGCGGGCCAAGACCGGCGUGCAGAAGGGCCCGUGCCCUGUCUUCACAGAGACGUUCAAGUUCUCCCGGGUGGAACAGGACGCUCUGGGGGACUACGCCGUGCGCUUCCGCUUGUACAGUAUCAGGCGAAUGAAGAAAGAGAAGGUCCUGGGAGAAAAGGUGUUUAACCUCACUAAGCUCAACCUGCAGGGAAAGAUGGCGUUACCGGUCACGCUGGAGCCCGGCUCUGAAAUCACAGGCUGCGGCUCUCUGGUGAGCGUGUCCCGCAGCGCCGGAGCGGUGUCCUACCGCUCCGGCGAAGACACGGCGCUGCCCGAGAUCCUGCUGGGCCUCAUCUACAACUCGGCUACAGGACAGUUAAGUGCUGAGGUCGUCAGGGGAAGCCACUUCAAAACCACAGCGUCCGAUAAACCAGUCAAUGGUCUGUUUUGUUGUGUCAAACACUUCGUAGGGGGACAGCUUUAUAUCAUGAGAGACACCUACGUCAAGCUGACCAUGCUGGACUCGAAGGGCAAGGAGAUGUCCAAGUGGAAGACGGCCGUGUGCCGCGGCCAGCCCAACCCCACCUACAAGGAGACGUUUGUAUUCCAUGUGGCGCUCUUCCAGCUGUCUGAGGUGUCACUGGUGCUGUCGGUGUUCUGCCGCCGGAGCAGCAUGAGGCCCAGGGAGAGGCUGGGCUGGGUCUCCCUGGGCCUCAACAGCACCAGCGAGGAGCAGCAGGCCCACUGGACAGAGAUGAAGGAGGCAGAGGGGCAGCAGAUCUGUCACUGGCACACGCUCACCAACACAUAGGACCAUUUAGGGAGACUGAACCUAAUUAACAGCAUUCCUUGAACUUGAAGAGGUGCCAGCAGAGCAGGAGGCACCUUGUGGUGUGUGUGUGUGUGUGUGUGUGUGUGUGUGUGUGUGUGUGUGUGUGUGUGUGUGUGUGUGUGUGUGUGUGUGUGUGUGUGUGUGUGUGUGUGUUUUGCUUACAGGUGUGAGGAUGGGCACGGGUUGCCAGUCUUCACUGCCAGAGACAGCAUGAAGACCCUUUAAUCUGCCACGUUUGUGAAUCAGACACCGACUUCACUGGUGAAGCUGUGAACUUUGGCUCCAGCUCUUUUUACUGCAAAAAGAAGAGAUGUUGAAUAUUACAAAAAUUAUAAUGACAGAAUCGAAGGAAACACUUUGUUUUCCUGUCAUCAAAAUCUGCAUGUGCACUGUUUACAAGAUGAUGCUAAGACACUUGAAUCUUGGACCAAAGAGCUCGGUCCAGGACCAGCAGACUCCUCCCUGUUUCUUUUUUUCGGGGCUUCUCUGGACGUCAGCUGCCACCAGCAUACCAGACAUUUCUGUAUCAGUCACAGCUAUUGACAAAAGAGAGAGAGCGCGAUGGAGACUGUUAUUAGGGGCCUACGACAUGCUGCAACUACGCUGACAAGCUAUGCUUUGUACAGUUUGUUUACACGCACAACGUUAUGCAAGAGCAAUGCAUUGAUUUUGCCCUUAUGUUUUCGGAUCAUCCGUCAUUUCUGUGUCCCUCUGCGUCGCGUGUUGCGCAAAGACAUGUCUUUGUUUUGUUACUCAGAACACUAUGCACCCGAACCCUUCAGACGAAUGAAAGGUCUCGAGUUUGCCGAGACUCUAACAGCAUUGGACACGGCUCUGCAUGGCACCGGUAUCAAAGAACAGCUUCCUUUCCUGCGAUACAGAUUGUGUGUGUUUCAACAUUCAGCCUUCAGACAACUCAGCCAUGUUCAUUCAUGUAGAAACAUGGUGCUUCCCGCUGAGGAGGAAUAUGCAAAAGCUUGCACAGUCCAGUAAACAUGGCUGUUUCUUUGAGGCAAUGAAGACAGCUUUAAAAUGAAAGAGAUGUUUUAUAAGGACCAACAAACGUGCAAUACAUGAGAUCCAGUUCAGUGCUCAUGUUGAACUCUCCCCACAAAGAAAAGUCAGCUUUCUCUAAAUAGACGAAUGCUUCACAGCUGCACCGCUUCAGAACAACUACACACCUCUCCCCUUGCCUCUGUUGGCUCAACUUCAGGGGUGUGGGACACAUUCUUUAGUUUUUACAUAGAUGUCAAACUUCCUCGUCUCUCCAGUUGCUCUCCAUGUCGAGGUUUAGGACGUUUCUAGGAUUGCUUCUAUUCUUAGAAGAGACCAGGUGACCAGUCGGCUUCUCACUGAAAAAAACAGAAUAACUGCCACUGAAGUGCUAAUGAAUUUGCAUAACCAGCAUUUACACCAAAUAAAGAACCAGAUCAUCUUUCUUCA